AGGACAGCGAUGAAAAGUUCAAAUCACAUCAUGGUAAGUCUGCACUUAGAGCUAUGGAGGAGCCAUUGUAUAAACUUGUUGGACAAAAUUAUCCAGCUAAUACUCAACUACUACCAGUCUGUAGCUGUGACCACCCGAAUACUCCUGAUGGUAGCAUCAGUAAGUUUAAUGGGCAGCCAUGCAGUAACUGCUCUGUAGCUAUUAGCUCAGGUAAUAACCACUACAAUGACAACUUGCAAGCUUUUGAAGCUCCAUGGAGUUUGUCUGACAUUGUUGGAGAUAUAAGACAGUUCACUCAGGAUACAUAUACAACGGAGCUUGGUUUGAAUGCUGGUGGCCUUUCCAUUGUCGAAAACAACAAUAGAUAUAACCAAUCACUUCAGAUCAAUGUUGGAGAGUCAAGAAAGCAUGCAUUUUUUGAGGUUCAAUGCCGGAAAAUGAAUUCGCACAAGGAAGACCUUGAUUUGUUAGAAGGAAGGAGUAACAAGCAGUUUGCCAUUUCUUUCAAUGAGCCGACUCGAGACGAGAUUUUCGAUAAAGUUCUACUCUGCUCUGAGCAUGAACCAGUAGAGCAAGGUAUUGUUUUACAAGAAGCUAUGACAAAUUGAUCAACCAUAAAUUCACAUAGUGACCAGGGAAGAACAUCAGCUCAGCGAAAUAAAAAAAGGUAAGAAGCAACAGAGGAAAGAGAUGGUGGAUCUCAGAACCCUCCUUAUCCAUUGUGCACAAGCAGUGUCUGUAAAUAAUCAUACCUUAGCGAGUGACAUAUUGAGCAUCAUUAGGCAACAUGCUUCAACGAGUGGGGACGAUUCUCAGAGGCUAGCAUUCUGCCUAGCGGACUGCCUUGAGGUACGAUUAGCUGGAACUGGGAGCCAACUGUAUCGCAAAAUGAUGGCGAAAAGAAGGAAGGCAGUUGACAUUUUAAAGGUAUUCCAUUUAUGUAUAGCAAUAUCGCCUUUCUCGAGGGUACCAUAUUAUUUCUCAAAUAAGACCAUCAUUGAUGUCUCAAAGGGAAAACCUCGGGUGCACAUUAUCGAUUUUGGCAUUUGCUUUGGUUUUCAAUGGCCAUCACUAUUUGAGCAACUCGCAAAGAGGGAAGGUGGACCUCCUAUGGUUCGAAUUACAGGCAUUGAGCAACCCCAACCAGGUUUUCGACCAAAUGAAUCGAGUAAGAAUACAGGACCGCGAUUGGCUGAUUAUGCUAGCAUGUUCAAUAUACCUUUUGAAUAUCAGGGAAUAUCAUCAAAAUGGGAAACUAUAAAGAUAGACGAUUUCAAGAUUGAGAAAGACGAUGUGGUCAUAGUCAACUGUAUAUACUGCCUGAAGAAUCUUGGUGAUGAGACAGUAUCCAUAAACAGUGCCAGGAAUAGGGUUCUCAAUACAAUAAGAAUGCUGAAGCCAAAAGUUUUCAUCCAUGGAGUUGUGAAUGGAUCAUACAUUACCCCCUUCUUUCUAACACGUUUUAAAAAGGUCAUGUACCACCACAGUGCACUGUUUGAUGUUAUUGAUAAAACCCUUCCACGGGAUGCUGAGGCAAGAAUGAUCCUAGAGAGGGAUAUCUAUCGUUCUACAGUCCUAAAUGUCAUUGCAUGUGAAGGUUCAGAAAGGAUCGAGAGACCAGAGAGUUACAAGAAGUGGAAGCUACGAAACAAGAAGGCAGGCUUUGAGCAGUUACAACUGAAUCCGGACACCGUGGAAGGAACAAGAGCUAUGGUGAAACAAUAUCAUAAAGAUUUCGUCAUCAACGAAGAUGAUCAAUGGCUGCUACUGGGAUGGAAGGGAAGGAUACUCUAUGGAAUGGCCACAUGAAAACCUAGUUAGUCAAACAAUGGCGACUGAGACCAAAGAUAUGCUACUGAACCACGUAUUCUAUACCUGUGGUGUACUCAUAUGGUUUUAAUUGUACGCUGGUAAUGCAUUGCGAUUGUCAACUAGAUGGCAGAAAUGGGCUGCCAAAGUACAAAGCACUGCAUACUGGUAAUGCUGUCCAGUUAAAACAUUGGCAUUUGUGAUGCAAAUGUUUCAUCUCAUACUUAUACAGCAAAUUCGCCCGAUUGC